AUGAGAUUCACACCAUCUUCGGCGGCCUUGCUGCUCGGCGCCAUUGGAGCUGCCACUGCUCAAACUGUCUACUUCUGUGGUGACAGCACCAUGGCCGCGAAGGGCGCCAACGAUGGCGACACUGACGGCUGGGGUACCUACAUCGGCGAUCUCCUGACGGUGCCCGCCGUGAAUAAGGCUAUUGGCGGCCGCUCAGCCCGGUCUUACACGGAUGAAGGUCGAUUCCAAGCCGUUGCGGACUUGGUUGUGGACGGUGACAUUGUUGUCAUCGAGUUUGGACACAACGACGGCGGCUCCCCCGAGUCCAACGACAAUGGCCGCUCCGACUGCCCGGGAGCUGGUACUGAGACGUGCAUCUCUGAUGCAACGGGCGAGACCGUUUACACUUUUGUCUUCUACGUCAUCCAAGCAGCCAAGCUCAUGCUAAGUAAGGGGGCCACAGUCAUUCUAAGCUCUCAGACACCCAAUAACCAGUGGGAGGGUGGCUCUUAUGGAGGCUCGCCUAGUCGCUUCGUGGGCUACCAGAAGGUGGCCGCUGACGCCCUUGCCAGCGACGAUGUCACCUUUGUCGACCACUUCCAGGCAGUCAGCAACAUGUACCUGCAGCUCGGCUCCGAUGCUGUCAACGCCCUAUAUCCCAACGACCACACCCACACGAGCCCCGAGGGCGCCAAGCUUAGCGCCCAGGCUUUUGCGCAGGCUAUUUAUCAGGCAAUGAACGGCACGACUUCUUUGCAGGGGUAUAUCGCGGAACCUGUGACCAUUGUUUACGAGUAG